AAGGUCACGCUUGUUGCGCGGGUCUUUCGCCUAUUAGCAGAAGAUGCUACAAAGACAGUCUAGUGUGUAUAUCUGGCUAAAAAGAUUCAAUGAAACAAUCUGUAGACAAGCAUCUUCGUCUCGACAUCCUCCUCUCAAAAAAGUGGUUGCUAGCGUGUCCGGAACCACAUCAAGCACAAAUACUGCUAAAACUACAACAAACACGCCCCCACCUGCUCCACCCCAACCUUCCCAACAGAUUGAAGUUUUAGUAGACGGUAAACCAGUCGUAUGUGAACCUGGUAUGACUAUUUUGCAGGCAUGUGCUUUAGCGGGUGUACAAAUACCUCGAUUUUGCUAUCAUGAACGAUUAUCCAUUGCUGGGAAUUGCCGUAUGUGUUUAGUUGAAGUAGAAAAGUCAUUGAAACCUGUUGCUAGUUGUGCGAUGCCAGUAAUGCGUGGAAUGAGCAUUAAAACCGAUUCGGAGGUAACUCGUAAAGCACGUGAAGGUGUUAUGGAAUUUCUGCUAGUCAAUCAUCCUUUGGAUUGUCCUAUUUGUGAUCAAGGUGGAGAAUGUGAUCUUCAAGACCAGUCAAUGAAUUUCGGAUCGGAUCGUUCACGUUUUGUCGAUAUUCGCUUUACUGGCAAACGUGCUGUAGAAGAUAAAAAUCUUGGUCCAUUAAUUAAAACUAUUAUGACACGUUGUAUACACUGUACAAGAUGUGUAAGAUUUGCUAAUGAAAUCGCUGGUGUACCGGAUCUUGGAACUACUGGUCGUGGAAGUUCUCUUCAAAUUGGCACAUAUAUAGAUAAACCAUUUUUUAGUGAAUUAUCUGGUAAUGUUAUUGAUCUGUGUCCUGUUGGUGCAUUGACUUCGAAACCGUAUGCAUUUACUGCACGACCUUGGGAGACAAGACGUAUUGAAUCGAUUGAUGUCAUGGAUGCAUUAGGUGCAAAUAUUGUAAUUUCUAUGCGUACAAAUCAAGUACUAAGAAUAAUUCCAAGAUUGAAUGAAGAUGUGAAUGAAGAAUGGUUAGCUGAUAAAUCUCGAUUCUCAUAUGAUGGAUUAAGUAGACAACGGUUAAUAUUUCCUUAUUUAAAAAAAUCUGAUAAAUUGGUCAAAAGUACAUGGGAAGAUUGUUUUGUUAAAAUUGCUGAAAAUCUACUUCCUAUACUUGGAUCAUCUAAAGAAAAUGUUAUACCUAAACCAAAUCAAGUAGCUGGAUUAGUUGGUCCAUUCGCUGAUGCUGAAUCAAUGAUAGCAUUGAAAGAUUUAAUUAAUCGAUUCAAUUCUGAAUUAGUUUGUACUGAAGAAUGUUUUCCAACAGAUCGCACGGAUUUACGUAGUAAUUAUUUAUUCAAUAGUCAUAUUGUUGGUAUAGAAGAUGCUGAUCUUGUCUUACUAAUUGGAACGAAUCCACGUUUUGAAGCACCGUUAUUGAAUGCACGUCUACGUAAAUGUUGGAUAAAUAAUGAUUUGGAAAUUUUCUCAUUAGGUCCUAAAGUUGAUUUAACUUAUGAUUAUGAACAUCUUGGUGAUCAACUUGAAACUUUACAAUCUUUAGCUGCUGGUAAACAUCCAUUGAAUAAGCGUUUACAAUCUUCGUCCCAUCCAAUAAUAAUUUUGGGUAGUGAAUGUUUACAACGUAAGGAUGCAGCGGCAAUUCAUAAUGCUGUACGUCAAAUUUCAGCCUGUUUAAAACAAACAAAAAAUCUGGAUUAUCAAGUGUUCAAUGUUCUCCAUCGUUAUGCCAGUCAAGUUGCUGCUCUAGACUUAGGUUACACAUCGAACAUAGAAGUAAUCAAACAGAACAGGCCAAAAAUACUUUUCCUUUUGGGUGCUGAUCGUAAUCUAAUUACACGUCAAGAUUUAGCUGCGGAUAGUUUAAUAGUUUAUAUCGGUCAUCAUGGCGAUGCUGGUGCAUUAUCAGCUGAUGUUGUUUUACCUGGAGCUGCUUACACUGAAAAAGAUUCUAUUUAUGCUAAUACCGAAGGACGUGCUCAACAAACUCGACUAGCUGUAGUUCCUCCUGGACAGGGUCGUGAAGAUUGGAAAAUAUUUCGUGCUAUCUCUGAAGUAGUUGGUUUAACGUUACCUUAUGAUGAUUUAAAUCAAAUUCGUUCACGGAUUAGUCAAGUUGCGCCUGGUUUAUUAGAUUUUAAUGCAGUCCAGUCAUCACUUGAAGAAGUUCACAAACUGGCUGACAAUUUGUCCAAAAGUUCAACUCAAAAAACUCAAUUCAUGAAUGAACCAAUUAAACUUAGCUUAUUAACAUUAAAAGAUUAUUAUAUUACUGAUUGUAUAAGUCGAGCUUCUCAAACUAUGGCUAAAUGUGUGAAAGCUGUACAAGAGAAUGAAAAAAAUAAAUAGGCAAGAAAGAAAGAAAAAUCAUUCAUUAAUUGAAGAACCAUAUACACAAAAAUUUCUAGUUAAUUUGUUUUUGUUUUGUUUUUAAUUCUUCUUUCCAUUCUUUCUCUCUCUCUCUCUCUCUCCUUUUGAUCCUUCUCAUUGAUCGUUUAUUCUUUUUUUCGCUUGCUACUUUCUUUUUUGUUGUGUACUUACAAAAUAAAACAACAAGAAAAUAUCUGUACUUUGACAAUUUUCAAUAUGUAGAAUUUUUUUUUUGAAACGUAGUUAUUAUGUAUUUUAUGUAAAAC